AUGUCUAGGAGAAUACAAGACUCAGAUUCAAGUGCGGUGGAAUUGGUGGACUUGGACGUCUUGAAUCUGGAAGACAUUCACGUCAUACCCGCGCCAGAACCAGUUGAAGUCAUUAUGAAUUCAGACAUCGUCAUUUUCGACGUCAGCGGAACAAUUUUCCGGGUGAGACGAAGCACCAUCAACACUGUCCCGAAGUCCAGACUUGGAGCCAUCUGCGCUUCAGACGACUACCCGGACAAACUCAACGGAACCUACUACCUCGAUCGUGACCCUGACCUGUUCGCCGCCAUCUUGAACGCCUGUCGAAACCCAGAUGAAAUCCACGUUCCCGACGACGUAUGCCCUGAAGCAUUCCGAGAAGAGUUAGUCUAUUGGGGGCUCGACCCUACUAACUUCAGCACUUGCUGCAUUGCCAAGGUCCUAGACAGAUUCUCUGAGAAGAAGGCGCUGUCUGCGUUAAGGAAUGAGAUGAUGUCCGAUCCUAUGUUCAAGUAUAAGAUGAAGAAGCAUCCGCCGUUCAGCAGCAAGUUUCAAGCGUGCCGGUACCGGGCCUGGCUGUUUCUGGAGUAUCCAAUUUACUCAAAACCAGCAAUGGCUUGGGGCAUCUUCUUCUACAUUGCGCUUGUUACCAGCAUCAUCUUGACUGAGAUUGCCACUCUGCCUGCAAGUCGAUCAAGGGUUUCUCCAACAAAUUCUCCCAGGACACACAAUACACAAGACUUGCAGGGUAUGUUGGACAAGGCUAUGAACAAUGCAUUAAAAGCACAUUAUGAAAACUAUGAUUACGAUGAUUACGACGAUUACGAUGGAAGCGGAGACGGCCUGUACACGACAGCGGCCACACUGGAAGCACAGGUUGCGGAUGUUACAUCUUCGUUGCAGUCCUUGUCAAAAUGGAUGAACGGAAAGAAGAGUGUUAGAUCCGUGGACGGAAGUGGAUUGUUAGCGACCCCACCAACAACUCAACCAGACAUUAAGUCAAAUAAUUCAACUACAAAAGCUACCUCUCGACUGAAUUUAUAUUGGUCAACAUCACCCGUUCCCUGGAUAAUGAAAGGACAGAUCAUCUUCUUGGUAUUCUUCACUCUCGAAGUUGUAGUGCGAUUCCUACUCUGUUCUGAAAAAGUCCGAUUUUUCACAUGUUUUUACAACAUCUUGGAUAUCCUAAUGAGCAUAUCGGCGACACUGUCCGUCAUUGUGGAGAAUGUAUGCAAAGAUUUUAAUGGAAAUGUCACGGAAUUAUGCAAAUAUGCCUCCUACUGCACAGGUGUAGCCACUGUCUUCAGGACAAUACGCAUCUUCAAACUCUCGCGUUGCUGUGCGGGAUUGCGCGUCCUAAUUCUGGUCGUGCAGAGCUCCUUCUUUGAGUUAAUGACACUUAUUCUUUUCCUGAUCGUCGCCAUGUUGAUUUUCUCUACCCUGAUUUACUACGCUGAACUCCACCUCGGUAAUGGAUUCAUAAGCAUUCCUGUGGCGUACUACUGGAGUCUCAUCACCAUGACCACGGUGGGUUACGGAGAUAUGCACCCUAACGGAACAGCUGGCUACAUCAUCGGCGUCAUGUGCUCCAUUGUUGGAAUCCUGAUCACAGGGAUGGCAAUUCCAAUUAUCGGCAACAACUUCAACAAAUACUACAGCAUCGUCUGCUUAAUCUACGGGGCAAUAUUCAGUGACAAAUUUGACGAGGAUGGCAAUUUUACAGACGAGUUUCAUGUUGGAAGCCAUGACACCAGCACGGCACAGGCACAUUCCGGUCAUCGUGGCCACACCAAGGUACAUCCAAUGCAAAGAAAGUGUCACUGGGGUAAGGAAGAAUGCAUUAGACAAAAGUUGUACUAG